GGGGUGGGGGGCGUUGUUGUAGCUCGGGGUGGGAGGUGCCGAGGCUGCUGCUGUCGUCGUCUUGGUGGCUGCUGCUGGUGGUGCUCGGGCCGCGCUGCUGUUAGUAGUUGUGGUGACUAUGGACGUGGAGGCCAAGCUGCGCGUGUCGUGGCGGCGGGAGCGCAGCGACGAGAGGGACGAGGCCCCCGUGAAGCGUGCCCGGACUUCUGAGCACCAAGAGGCUUCUUCAGAUGAAAAUGACGACGACUACGUGCCAUACGUGCCAGUCAAGGAGCGCAAGAAGCAGCAGAUGUUGCGGCUGCUCAAGCAGGUGCAGUAUGGACGGGGAAGGGGCGGCAUGGGGGAGGGGGAGGCUGGGGAGGGAGGCGCGAGCGAGGAGGACGAGCCGGCCGGCCCACGGUCCAACAUCAGCCUCCUGGACCAGCACCAGCAGCUGAAGGAGCGUGCAGAGGCUCGUAAGGAGUCUGCCAAGGAGAAGAUGCUGGAGGAAGAAAAGAAGAUUUUGGAGAGCGUUGCAGAGGGAAAAGCGUUGAUGUCGGUGAAGGAAAUGGCUAAGGGCAUCACUUAUACCAGGGCCUGCAAGUCUGGGUGGAGAGCCCCCCGCCGCGUGGUGAACAUGCCAGAGGACCGGCACGGGCGCGUGAGGCGCAAAUGGCACAUCCUGGUGGAAGGGGAGGAGCUCCCCAUGCCCCUCAAGAGCUUCAGAGACAUGAAGUUUCCUCCAGCAAUCGUGCGGGGCCUCAAGAGGAAAGGCAUCGUGAAACCGACUCCCAUCCAGAUCCAGGGCCUCCCCACUGUCCUCUCUGGGAGGGAUAUGAUUGGAAUUGCCUUCACGGGUUCAGGAAAAACACUCGUGUUUACGCUGCCCAUCAUCAUGUUCUGCGCCGAGCAAGAGAAGAGGCUGCCCUUCCUGAAAAACGAGGGGCCCUAUGGGCUCAUCAUCUGCCCAUCUCGUGAGCUCGCUCGACAGACGCACUCAAUCCUGGUGCACUACUCGCAGUGCCUGCAGGACGACGGCUUCCCGGCCCUGCGCUCUGCCCUCUGCAUAGGCGGCACGUCCGUCAAGGAGCAGCUGGAGGAGAUCCACCGGGGGGUGCACAUGAUGGUGGCCACCCCUGGCCGCCUCAUGGAUCUCCUGCAGAAGCGCAUGCUGGGCCUUGACGUGUGCCGCUAUCUGGCGCUGGACGAGGCUGACCGCAUGAUUGACAUGGGCUUUGAGGAAGACAUCCGAACCAUCUUCUCUUACUUUAGGGGCCAGAGGCAGACCCUCCUUUUCAGCGCUACGAUGCCCAAGAAGAUCCAGAACUUUGCGCGCAGUGCACUCGUGUUGCCAGUCACCAUCAAUGUCGGGCGUGCGGGCGCGGCCAGCUUAGACGUCAUCCAGGAGGUGGAAUACGUGAAGGAGGAGGCCAAAAUGGUCUAUCUACUUGAGUGUCUACAAAAAUCUUCACCCCCAGUGCUGAUCUUUGCUGAAAAGAAGGCGGACGUUGAUGCUAUCCACGAGUACCUUCUGCUCAAGGGUGUGGAGGCAGUCGCCAUUCAUGGAGGCAAAGACCAAGAGGAGCGGACCAAGGCAAUGGAAUCGUUUCGCGAGGGCAAGAAGGACGUCCUCGUGGCCACAGAUGUGGCCUCCAAGGGUCUGGACUUCCCCAACAUCCAGCACGUCAUCAACUACGACAUGCCGGAGGAGAUCGAGAACUACGUUCACCGAAUCGGCCGUACGGGGCGAUCUGGCAAAACGGGUAUCGCCACCACCUUCAUUAACAAGUCCUGCGACGAGUCGGUGCUCAUGGAUCUCAAGGCUCUGCUCAUGGAGGCCAAGCAGAAGGUGCCGCCUGUGCUGCAGCUGCUGCAGACGGGCGACGAGUCGAUGCUGGACAUCGGAGGCGAGCGUGGCUGCACAUUCUGCGGUGGUUUGGGUCACCGUAUCACGGAGUGCCCGAAACUGGAGGCCCUGCAGACCAAGCAAGUCAGCAACAUUGGCCGCAAGGAUUACCUUGCGCAUGGCUCCACUGACUACUGAGUGCCACGCUGGCUUCCACUGCCAUUGGGCAGAGUGGAUGGGUGGAGGGAAGGGUGAAGGAGGACAGAGUGGAUGGGUUUCUCUCGGCGUUGUCGUUGUGGGAAUUUCGGCCCAGAUGAGGUCUGAGUGCUCACGGAGGAGGUGAAGUAAAGGGCACUUCAAUGAAAAUUUCAACCCAGAUUUAAAGUGACUGGUGUUUUGUAAAGAUGCACAAAUGCUUUGUGUCCCAGAGUUUUAUGUUAAAUGUUUAAAGAUCUGUGAAAUAUUAAAAUGGGUAGUAAUGGCUACGUGGCUUCCAGGCACGACUGCCAUAGUGUCCUCUACUGAAGGCACAGCCUCAGUCGAUUCUGCUCACAACGACAGCCUCGACACAGACGCACAGCCUCAACACACCCACGGGCCCAACACAGAUGCAUAGCCUCAAUACUUACAACCUGUACAUUGACCACAGUUUCAACACUGACCCACAGUCGUCUCUACACAGACGCAUAGCCUCAACAGAUAUACAGCCUCAACAUAGACCCCUCAGCCUGAACAUGGACAUCCACAUACAUCUGUUUUACAAUAAGAAACAAUAAAACUUUUAUUUUUAAAUAAACGUUGUGACCAUA